AUGGAAACCUCAUCCGCAGCAUUACCAACAGAGUUAGCCAACCCAGCCACUGGCGCUGAAGUAGUCGGCCAUCGCAAAACCUGUUCAGGAGUUCACAUCAUCAUCAUCCAUUUCCCUUCCUCAGGCGGUGAUCUGGCAAUCCACUCGACGGAACUCCUUCACAAUUAUGCCAACUGUGACACUCGCGUAUUGGAGAUGGGCACUUUUGUGAAACAUUGGGCUACCGCACGUCGAAUUCAACGGCCCCUCAACUCGGACCCUCUCUUCCACACCAGCAUUGGUCUCCACGAACUCCAGUGGAUUGAGGGGUGCGAGGUAUUCUAUUGGAGAGACGUUUCCGCAAUAAAGAAGGCUGCGCAUCAGGGGAAAUUGACACGCAAUAAACAACCGGUCGUCGAACUCCUGAGGGGUUUUUUUGACUAUUACUCUGCGGGCAAAUUUAUCACAGGGCGUCGUCGAUUCUGUUACAAGACUGACGUUGUUUCGGUCCGAAUCAGCGGUGGACUGACGACGAAGAAUGAAAAGGGGUGGGACGUUAGCGAAGGUGGGGAACAUGUCAACCCUGCCCGGAGGAGACAAAGGUACUAUUUAGCCAUCGAGGAUCCAUUCAGAACAAAGCUUAAUGUCGCCGGUGGUGUCAACAUGAGAGGUCUUAGCGUUAUCAAGGAUGAAUUUGCUAGAGCAAGGAACAUAAUUUUGAUUACGGAUAAUGGGGGUAUUGGCUACGACUUGUUCCGGCCCAAAGUAUCGCCACAGAAUAAGCCCAAUUUGCAACGCGAGUUACAUGACUUGGGUCUUGUAAAUACACAAUAA